UAAAAGAAAAAAAGGAGGGGGAAUAACAGAAUAAGGAAAAAAUCAUCUAAAGGAGGCAAGAAAGAAGAUGAAAGAUGGGAUAAAUCACACAGAAAAGCACAGGAGGAAGCGCCGCGCCACACCCUUGGCCUCUCCCUCGCCGCCCCCACAAGAGACGGAGGCCGAAGAGAUGUCACUCCAGUCAGUGAUGGCCGCCCUCCAGGCCGUGGAGAAGAAGAUGGAGGCCCAGGCCGCCCAGCUGCAGAGCCUGGAGAGACGCAUGGAGACAGCCGAGAAGAAGCUGGCCGAUUUUGAGAAGACGGCCGUGGAGUUCGGGAACCAGCUGGAGGGCAAGUGGGCCGUGCUGGGGACCCUGCUGCAGGAGUACGGGCUGCUGCAGCGGCGGAUGGAGAACAUGGAGAACCUGCUGAGGAACAGGAACUUCUGGGUCCUGCGGCUGCCCCCGGGCAGCACAGGGGAGGCCCCCAAGAUGCCCAGGCCACUCGAGAAUGAUGGCGUCUGCUUCUCGGAGCAGGAGUGGGAGAAUCUGGAGGACUGGCAGAAGGAGCUGUACAGAAAUGUGAUGAUGAGCAACUAUGAGACGCUAGUCUCUCUGAAGGUCCUUGGCCAGCCAGAAGGAGAAGCGGAGUUGGGUACAGAGAUGCUGGGAGACUUGGAGGAGGAAGGCCUUGGUGGUGUCCAUCCAGCAGAAGGGGUUGUGAUUAAGCAGGAGGUAGAGUACCCGCCGGAACGCUCUGAGGAUCUUCCGGGAGAGCUCUCAGGCCCCGCGGAAGAGCCGGCUUUCCUGGGCCCGGAGCAGACUGAGCUCUGGAACACUCAGGGCGGCUCUGUCCUCUUGGAACCAGGGGCCGGGGACGCUAAUCUAGAGGAGCCCACUGAGGGCAGCAGAGACCCUGGCAGUGACAGAAAUCUGGACUGCCCCCCGAAGCAGAAAUCUAAUAGGCCGGUGCAACUGGCUCCGGAAUGUAAUCCGGCCCUGAAGCUGAAUAGGGAAGAUUUCGGCCCCUACGAUUGUCCUGAGUGUGAGCUCAGCUUCCGCUGUGAGCAGCAGCUGGCCUAUCUGCGGGCCCACCCAUCGUGGGAGUCUUCCACCACCUCGGAGCCAGAGGAGGGUCUUAGGUCCAGGCCGCUGCUGAAGCCCCCGUCCAAGAAGGGGAAGCAGCAUCAGUGCGACGUGUGCAUGAGGAGCUUCAGCAGCAAGGUGAACCUGGCGAACCACCAGCGCUGCCAUUUGCAGGAGGGGCCCAGUGGUGGCCAGCGUGUCCAGGAGAGGUUCUCGCCCAACAGCCUGGUUGCCCUGCCAGGCCACAUCCCCUGGAGGAAAAGCCGGAGUUGCCUCAUCUGUGGUUACUGUGGCAAGAGCUUCAGCCACCCAUCAGAUCUGGUGCGGCACCAGCGCAUCCACACGGGUGAGCGGCCCUACACCUGCCCCGAGUGUGAGCGGAGCUUCGUGCAGAAGCAGCACCUCCUGCAGCACCAGAAGAUCCACCAGCGGGAGCGUGGCACGCUGGCCUCAGAGCCAGGCAGGCCCAACGGCCUGCUCUAAGGGUGCCAGCCCCCCGCCUGUCCGGGGGGGCUGAGGGGGCUGGCAUUGGUCCCCCGAAGAGACACUGUGCAGAGUCAGGGACUGACUUCUUCCUUGGGGGUGUCAUUUUGAUUUGCCUAACUUUGGCCAAGCAGCAGGCCGAGCCCAAGUCCUCAGAACUGUGUGGAGGAGGGCGGGGCCAGGCCUGUCCCUGCUGUCCACCCUGCUGCUGUGUUUGCCGUGUCUGGCACCUUCGAGUCUCGGGUUUUCCCGUCCAUGCUGAUACUUGUGCACGGGGGUUGGUUUGAGGGUCUGUCCCAGGGUUUCAGGUCUUCCCACGGGUGGAGUCGGGCCAAAGGAAUGAGCAGGUGUGCAGGAGAGCUCUGGGAAGCAUAACCCUCCGUUUUCUCUUCUGUUGUAGCCUCCUUGUUAAUAACAAGUAGAAGUAAUUUAAAUGAACUGCUCACCUUGCUCUGAAGAACCUUUUUGGAAUUAGAUUUUAGCUGAUUUAAAGAAAAUAUGGCCUGACACUUGGUUUUUAAACUUCCCAAGUUGUGGAAGUUGUUCCUAACACGGGGACUGCUGCCAUCUGGGCGGGGAUUGUUUCUGGGCCUCCUUUAGCCUGCCCACACUUAGGCCAGUGAUCAGGGUGCAUAACGCGGGCUCCCUGUUGUGAGGGGACUUAGCACUCUCGGAUGGGGCUCACUGAAUCAAAAGGACCAAGGGGGAGAGAGCAGUGGGAGUGGACCCCAAAGCCCCCAUGAGAAUGAGGAGUCUGGGAAAGGAGCCGAGAGUACGGAGCUGCUUCCUCCCAGGAGUUCGGUGCUUGGGUUUCUCGCCACAGCUCGCUUCCUCUUCCAUCUGCGUCCUUGCUGGGUUCUGCAGCCUCACAGGGUAGACGGCUCCUUUGUUACUUAAGGUUGUUCAGCUUGUAUCAGCUUGUAUUUGAGUUUGUUCCUGUUAGACCAGUUGUUCCUUGAGGUUGUUCAAAUGACACACUUUCCCAGUUAGUUCUGGGAUUGACUGUUCCAGAGAUGACGGAGAGAAAGCACGUGGGUGCUUGUCUCCCAAGAGUGUUGAGUGCCUGCUGCACUGCUGUUGGGAGUGGGCCCCUGGGUCCUGUGUGAGUGUCCCCUUUGAUGACUUGGCAGUUGCUUAGAAUAAAACUUGCUACUGGCAAAAAAAA